AUGUCCUUUGGUGAAGAGAAUGGACAAACCAAACUAUUAAUCCGAGUGACACCUAGGCCGGAAUGGCCCCUCAGAUCUCCAGGGACGCGUUUGCAUAAGGCAGCAUCAGCAUCGGGAAGCCCAGGGCGGUUCCUGCGCAGCGCCUUUGGCCUUUGGCCGGAGGAAGGCGCGCUCCCCCGCGCGCAGCCUCACGUGGUUUCCCGGAAGGGCUGGCGCGCUGGGCCCAGGGCGAGGCCGGGGCGCAGAGUUCCUGCACUGUGCUGGCCGACGUGGGGAAUCAUGGCAGCCAAUAAAGACAAGAUACAGUAUAUGUUGGAUUUCUGUGAAGCAUUAAAGAAAGAUGGAGAAUAUAAGAACCUAACUGAUGAAAUUACGAAGCAAAAUAUUAGGCUGCAGGAAGAGAUCCAAAAACUUGAAACUGAGUUAAAAGUGAACACUAGAAACAUCAGAAACUUCCAGAUUAAAGAGGAUGUCCCUGAAACAAAGAUAAAAUUCAUAUCCAUGGAGAAUCCUGAGAAUGACAGCCAGUUUUUAAAUGUCUCCUGUUCGUUUCAAGUGAACUUACAAGUACCUUAUGAACUACAAAAAGGACAAGCACUCAUCACUUUUGAAAAAGAAGAAGUUGCCCAAAAUGUGAUAAGAAUGAGAAAACAUCAUGUACAGAUAGAGGAUAAAGAUGUGGAGGUUACGGCCCAACCAGUUCCAUUGAACUCGGGAGUCAGAUUCCAGGUUCACGUACAAGUUUCUAAAGUGAAGAUCAAUGUUACUGGAAUUCCUGCUGAUGGCAGAUUGCCUGCAGAUCAGAUGAAAGACAAGUUAGAACUGAGCUUUUCUAAGUCCCGAAACGGAGGUGGAGAGGUGGAGUGUGUGGAGUAUGACAACCAGUCCCAAAGUGCUGUCAUCACGUUUGUGGAAAUUGGAGUUGCUGACAGGAUUUUGAAAAAGAAAGACUACCCUCUUUAUGUAAAUCAAAACUGCCAUAGAGUUACUGUUUCUCCAUAUGUAGUAACACAUUUGGAAAAGCUUCAGGUAUUUUCAGGAAUCUCUACCAGGACGGUGCUUCUGACUGGAAUGGAAGACAUUCAGAUGGAUGAAGAAACUGUAACAGAUUUAGUUAACAUUCACUUCCAGCGGAAGAAGAAUGGCGGUGGGGAAGUAGAUGUGGUCACAUGUUCUCUAAGCCAACCUAAAAUAGCAUAUUUUGAAGAAGAGACUUAGGGAAUCAUAUGAAAAUUAUAACUUCUGGCCCAAAUCAUUGGAAAUGUUUGACAAAAAUGGGUGUCCUUCUCUUAAAAUAAAAGAAACGUUUCAUUCUUUAGUCUUUA